AAUGCGGGGCCGAGCAGUUGCGCGGCACCCUGACGCGGAGCGAGGAUAUAGGGUCGGAUGCCAAGUCCAGAUACCAGACUGACUCCAGGAGCCGCGCACUUGUCAGUUUCCUCUUGGCCACGCCCCGACUGAAUAAGUCCAGCUCCCCAGUGUUUAACUAAGUCGUGACACCAACGCAAAAUCCACGCCUAAUUAAAUUAAUUAGGGAUUCUUGUCAAUCCUGGAUUAAUGGCCAAGAGCUCAGGCGGCCGAGGUAUCCGAAAACCCGGACGGCCUGGGACUUGUCUCUUCUUCCCACCCCCUUCGGUCCCCCUUCGCUGUCCUCCCACUCUAGCCCCAGCCAGCUUCGACUCCAGCUUUAAUCAAUCUCCAUCUCGCUUUCCUUUCUUUCUCUCUCUCCCUCUCUCUCUUUUUUCUCUUUUUCUCUUCCUCUCCCCUCUCUCCCUCUCCCCCUCUCCUCUUUCUCUCCCUCUCCCCCCACCUCCCAACCCCACUCCCCCACCCCCAGGUAGUGGCGCGGGUGCUUCCCGGGAAGGGGCUCCCUGCGAGUUGCGAAGGGGAGGUAAUUUACUCAGAACAAGGGGCCGCCUUUGCGAAGUAUAAAUAGUGAGACUUCAAGCGCUGCGUUGCUAUCAGAUCUGAACUCUCCGCAGGAAGAAUUGUCAAAGAUCUUAACAUUGAACAAGCGCGCUCCGGCAGGGAAGCAUCAGUUCCCAUUUCCCUCCGGCGGCCCCCGCCCCUUCCCUCUUCCUCUUCUUCCUCCUCCUCCUCCUCUUCUUACUUCUUUUUCUCCUUCUACUUCUCCUGCUCCUUCUUCUUUCUUCUCUUCUUUUUCUUCUUCCUCCCCCACUCUCUCCUCCCCCACCCUCUGCCCCAUUGAUGUGUUAUUAUUGGGGGGGCUGGAGCAAUAAAAAAAGAAGAAGGAAAAAAAGAGCGGGGCUCGGCUGGGAGAGGUUGAGCGCGGGGCUGACUGGCAUCGGCAGCGAUGGAAGAACUUACGGCGUUCGUCUCGAAGUCUUUUGACCAGAAAGUGAAGGAGAAGAAGGAGGCGAUCACGUACCGGGAGGUGCUGGAGAGUGGGCCGCUGCGCGGAGGAGCUGGAGGAGGGCGCUCUCCCGUCCGGGAGCUGGACAUGGGCGCCGCCGAGAGAACCAGGGAGCCGGGCAGCCCGCGGCUCACCGAGGUAUCCCCGGAGCUGAAGGAUCGCAAAGAAGAUGCGAAAGGGAUGGAGGACGAAGGCCAGACCAAAAUCAAGCAGAGGCGAAGUCGCACCAAUUUCACCUUGGAACAACUCAAUGAGCUGGAGAGGCUUUUUGACGAGACCCACUACCCGGACGCUUUCAUGCGCGAAGAACUGAGCCAAAGACUGGGGCUGUCCGAAGCCCGAGUGCAGGUUUGGUUUCAAAAUCGAAGAGCUAAAUGUAGAAAACAAGAAAAUCAACUUCAUAAAGGUGUCCUCAUAGGGGCUGCCAGUCAAUUUGAAGCUUGUAGAGUAGCACCCUACGUCAAUGUAGGUGCUUUAAGGAUGCCAUUUCAGCAGGAUAGUCAUUGCAACGUGACGCCCUUGUCCUUUCAGGUUCAGGCGCAGCUGCAGCUGGACAGCGCCGUGGCGCACGCGCACCACCACCUGCACCCACACCUGGCCGCGCACGCGCCCUACAUGAUGUUCCCGGCGCCGCCCUUCGGACUGCCGCUCGCCACGCUGGCCGCGGACUCGGCCUCUGCCGCCUCGGUUGUGGCCGCUGCCGCCGCCGCCAAGACCACCAGCAAGAACUCCAGCAUCGCGGAUCUCAGACUGAAAGCCAAAAAGCAUGCGGCUGCCCUGGGUCUGUGACGCCAACGCCAGCGCCAACGUCGCGCCUGCAGCUCGGCCCGAAGCUUGCACGCCCUCCGAGCCCCGCUGCUUCUCCGUUACCUGCUCCGGACUUCCGGAGCCGAACCUCUUUUUGCCCCGCUGAUCUCCCCUUGUCCCCUUCCGCAUCCUGGACUCGGAGGGCGGGACCAGGGAUCCCACAAGGCACACCAGUUCCGUGGCUCC